AUGUCCGACCGCGAGGGCCACGGCGGCCCGCCCGGGGACGAUGAUCUGUCCCUGCCAAAGGCGACGGUCGCAAAGAUGAUAUCCGAACUCUUGCCCGACGGACUGGCGUGCUCGAAAGAGACGCGUGACUUGAUCAUCGAAUGCUGCGUCGAGUUCAUUCAUCUUGUGUCCUCGGAGGCGAACGAGAUCUGCGAGAAGGAUAGCAAGAAGACGAUCGCGCCGGAACACAUCAUCUCGGCGCUGAACACACUUGGUUUCGAGCAGUUCAAGGUCGACGUUGAGGAUGUGCUUCAGGAGCACAAGAAACAACAGAAGCAAGAGCGCGAGAAGAAGGUCUCGAAACUCGACCAGUCCGGCAUGACCGAGGAGGAGCUACUACAGGCGCAAGAGGCGCUGUUUGCCGCCAGCCGAGAACGCUUUCAGAACCAGGCGCAGCCAUGA